AGUUUGGGACAAAAAAAACACUCGAGGCUACGUGAUUUGAAAAAACACCACAGGAAUUGUUUGAAAUAAGAUAUGAAUUCUUGACGCGUCACGUAUCAUCUUGUGUUACUUAUCAAAUUCGUGGUGUUAGGUUUCGUUUGAGGACAACGACUUUACGACGAAAUACGUGUAGCGAGAAGAAAACCGGAUAUAUCUGGCGAAGGCCUGUUGGAAAAAUCAUAAAUUUGAAGAGGUACGCAAUCUGUGCAAACCAGCCCAAGUGUUAUUAUCGCAUGGCAGUGUGUUUAGACGGGAAAAAGGUCUGCAUUUGCCUCCCCCUUACCGGACUGCUUUUGUGUUGCUUGUACAGUAUUUUAUUGAGGGAACCUAAAACGCGGUUUGCAAGCAGGGAUUUCAAAGGUGGAGAUGACUUAUUUGAAGUGAACAGCUAUGUAAACAAUUCCAUGUCAUUGGAAUAUGAUGACCCUGCUAGACGUUUGUCUUCAAGUGCAAUAGGAAAGAAUACAGAACAAUGGAAUGAACGCGUCUCCAAAGGAAGGAGCAAACAUAUUGAACAAAAACGUCUCCCAAAUGCUAUAAUUAUAGGCGUCAAGAAAGGAGGUACGAGAGCUCUGCUGGAGUUUCUUAAAAUCCACCCAAAAAUUAAGGCGUGCCCAUGGGAAGUGCAUUUCUUUGAUACCGAUAAGAACUAUGAGUUGGGACUGGACUGGUAUAGGGAACAAAUGCCAGAGUCAUACAAAGGUGACAUCACUGUUGAGAAAACGCCAGCUUACUUUGUGAGGGAUAAGGUUCCUCAGAGGGUUUAUAAGAUGUCGAAGAGCGUCAAGCUCAUUGCGAUAGUACGUAAUCCCGUCGAGAGGGCAAUUUCGGAUUAUGUGCAGGUUACACACAGAAGACAUGGCGUUCUACCGCCGUUUGAAAGAUAUGUAACGAAUGAUAAAACAGGAAAGGUUCUGAGAACUUCCAUCGGUUUAAUAAGAAUUGGUGUUUACGUAAAACAUUUACGAAAUUGGUUAAAAUAUUUCCCAAUCUCACAGCUUCACUUCGUCAACGGAGAUGAUUUGAUUACUAACCCAGCCAAGGAACUGCAAGCUGUGGAGAAGUUUCUUAACAUCGAACCCUUUAUUAAGAAGGAAAACUUCUACAUUAAUCAAACCAAACGUUUUCCCUGUAUUAGUAGGUCUUUCAAGUUGAAAAAAGAGAAUUCAGGUUGUUUGUCUGAGAGUAAAGGAAGACCUCACCCUUCUAUUAGAAGUGACAUUCGCAAACUUUUGGAAGACUACUUUCGGCCGUACAAUGAGGAGUUUUAUAAAGAAGUAGGAAGAGAUUUUCAUUGGUAAUAAACAAAACAGUGUCAUGCUUAAACACUAACUGAUAUUGCAAGUAUACUUCUGCAAUAAAGUCAAUCAUUAUUACUUUUGAAAAUA